AGUUACCUCCUAAACUCAGAAACAAACUACACUGCAUAAUAGCUUUACCACUCCCAAUUUUUUUUCUCCUUCACCCUUUGAAAUCUUUGGUCAAUUCCAGCAAUGGCAACCAAUGAAUUUUCCCGCCCAAUUGAGCAUUUCCGUCCUUCAGCUCUCCCUCUCCCAAAAGACACUGCAAACCCCAUUUGUGUGUCGGAAAAAUCUCACAUAUCAACCCCAUUACACUGGAAGAAAGCUGCAGAGGCCCUCCAAUGCAACCACUAUGAUGAAGUCUCCCGCAUGGUGUCGCAAUUUUCAGGGGUGCAAACCGUUGGCAUCCAAGGUACAACACUCACUGUUGCUCAGGUCACUGCCAUUGCACGCCGUGGCGAAGUGAAGGUUAACCUUGAUGAAGCUGUGGCUCGUGAUCGUGUGGCCAGAAGUGCUAACUGGGUUGCUGACAAUAUCUCCCGUGGAACAGACACAUAUGGUGUUACCACUGGCUUUGGAGCCACAUCACACCGGCGCACCAACAAAACUACCGACCUUCAAACUGAGCUUAUUCGGUUCCUUAAUGCCGGAGUGAUUGGGAGAGAGAAUCUUCCAUCUAGUUAUUCGAAGGCGGCUAUGCUUGUUCGCACAAACACACUCAUGCAAGGCUAUUCUGGUAUCCGGUGGGAGGUACUUGAAGGUAUGGCCAAGCUUAUGAACAAGAACUUGAUCCCUAAACUUCCUUUAAGGGGUACUAUCACUGCUUCGGGUGAUCUUGUACCAUUAUCUUAUAUUGCUGGGUUACUAACUGGCCGGCAUAAUUCCAAAGUGGUCACCUCUGAAGGUGAAGAAAUUACAGCCAUAGAAGCUCUGACAAGAGCUGGAAUUUCUGGUCCUUUUGAUCUUCAAGCCAAGGAAGGUUUAGCUCUUGUAAAUGGAACAGCUGUUGGCUCAGCUGUUGCUGCAACAGUUUGUUUUGAUGCCAACAUUUUGGCUCUACUUUCAGAGGUUCUCUCUGGUUUGUUUUGUGAAGUUAUGCUCGGUAAGCCUGAGUUCACAGACCCUCUAACACAUGAGCUCAAGCACCACCCUGGCCAGAUUGAAUCGGCUGCUAUCAUGGAGUUCCUUCUGGAUGAAAGUGACUUCAUGAAAGGAGCAAAAAUUCGUAAUGAGAAAGACCCACUUACAAAGCCAAAACAGGACAGGUAUGCACUCAGAACCUCUCCUCAAUGGCUUGGUCCCCAGAUUGAAGUUAUUCGAAUGGCAACACAUUCAAUUGAAAGGGAAAUCAACUCUGUGAAUGACAACCCAUUGAUCGAUGUUGCUCGAGAUCUUGCUCUCCAUGGAGGGAAUUUCCAAGGUACACCAAUUGGUGUCUCCAUGGACAAUCUCAGAAUUGCCGUUGCAGCAAUUGGGAAGCUCAUGUUUGCUCAAUUUUCUGAAUUGGUAUGCGACUACUACAACAAUGGCUUGCCAUCCAAUUUAAGUGGUGGGCCUAAUCCAAGCUUGGACUACGGGUUCAAAGGUGCAGAGAUAGCCAUGGCUGCAUAUUGCUCUGAGCUUCAGUACCUUGCAAACCCUGUAACUACACAUGUACAUAGUGCUGAACAACACAAUCAAGAUGUGAAUUCUCUGGGUUUGAUUUCAGCCAGAAAAAGUGCAGAAGCCAUUGAGAUUCUAAGGCUUAUGUCUGCCACUUACAUGGUAGCACUUUGCCAGGCAAUUGAUCUUAGACAUUUGGAGGAAAACAUGAGGGAAGUUGUGAAACAUGUUGUUCUCCAAGUUGUGAGGAAGACCCUUUACACUACUGAAGAUGGAUCACUACUUGAAUCUCGUUUCUGUGAGAAAGAACUCUUGCAAGUUAUUGAGCAUCAGCCAGUUUUCUCUUAUCUUGACGACCCCACUAAUCCCUCUUAUGCUCUCUUGCCUAAACUGCGAGAAGUACUUGUAGAAAGAGCACUUAAAGAUCCUAAAGCUGAUUCUGAAAAUGACAAGGGCUACUCAAUUUUCAAGAGGAUACCAAUAUUCCUAGAGGAAUUGAAGACAAAGCUUGGAGAAGAGGUAGUGAAAGCUCGGGAGAGAUUUGAGAAUGGAGAUUUUCCAAUUGCUAACAGGAUCAAGAAAUGUAGGACUUUUCCAAUCUACAGGUUUGUGAGGACCGAAGUGGGGACUGAGAUUCUUACUGGUGCAAAGAAGGUGAGUCCAGGGGAGCAUAUAGAGAAGGUUUAUGAGGCCAUCAAUGAAGGGAAACUAGGAAAUGUCUUGAUGAAUUGCUUGACAAAUUGGAAAGGGUCUGCUGGUCCAUUUACUCCAAGGCCAAUUGUGGUGUCCUCUCCAGCACAUUGUAAUCCUGAGUAUUGGGGUUGGUUUGAGAAGGUGAGGUCUCCUUCAGUGGCAAAUGGGGGAGCCUUUUGAAAGCUCUCUUCUAAGUGUUGCUUUCUUUUCUUAAUAAGAAUUGUAUGAGGAUGUAAGGAAACAUUGAAUCCUAAAUGAUUCAAUUUUUGUGUAAUAACUAAUAAGAUUAAGAAUGUAUAAAGAUUUGAACUUCUCUCUCUCU